AUGGUUCAACAGAUGGCUUUAGGUCAGCAAGUGAGACCUUGUGGCAUAUGUCAGUUGGUGGGGCACCCUACUGAUGCAUGUCCCACACUUCAAGAGGAUACCAAUGAGCAUGUAAAUGCAAUGGGGGGAUUUCCAGGGCAACCUAGGCAAAGGUGUGACACUUAUGCUAUAACUUAUAAUGAAGGAUGGAAGGAACAUCCUAAUCUUCGAUAUGGGAAUCAACAACAAACUGUUACUAGACCACCAGGGUUUCCUUAUCAACAAAGGCAACAACAAACCUAUACAACUCAGCCUCAACAACCUAUUACCUUACAAGCUCAAGAACCAUCAAUGGAGGGUACACCAAAACAGUUAGUAGCCUCCAAUAUGCAAACUCAAGUACUUCUUCAAGGCGCUCAUGCAUCCCUAAAAAAUUUAGAGAAUAUUAUGGGUCAAAUUGCCACUUCAUUAAGUCAAAGCGAGCUACAGAAUCAAGGAAAAUUUUCUUCAAAUCUUGUUCUAAACCCAAGGGAAAAUGCUAAUGCCAUCACAUUAAGAGAUGGCAAGACUUACGAUCCACCCACUAUUCCAUCAAGUUCAAAUGAUGCACCAUUACCUCCUACUCAAUCCACCCAACAAGACAAAGAAGAAACCCCAACCACAUCACCCAAACCUAAACCCAUUAUUUCCAAUUAUGUUAUUACUCCUCUAUUUCGUAGUCGUUUGAGAAAGACCAAGAAAGAUGAAGUUGAACAUGAAAUAUUGGAGAAUUUUCGCAAGAGGAAGUUAAAAGGGAAUGAAAAGGUGAGUGUGGGGGAAAAUAUCUCAGCGGUUCUUCAAAAGAAACUUCCACCAAAGUGUAAGGAUCCUGAUACCUUAACUAUUCCUUGCACUAUUGGCAAUAAAAGGUUUGAAAGAUACUUUUACAUUCUUGAUAUGGAAGAUGACUCAAUUCCAUGUUCUACACCAGUAUUAUUGGGAAGACCAUUCUUAAAGACAACAAGAACUAAGAUAGAUGUUCAUGAGGGAACUUUGACCAUGGAGUUUGAUGGUGAGGUGAUUCGCUUUAAUAUUUUUGAGGUUAUGCAAUAUCCAAGGAACUUGAAGGAAGAUGAUGUCACUACUGAAGUAAAGGAGACAGUGGUUGCACUUAAUAGUGGUGGAGAGCUUGCUAAAGCGGUGUCGUUCUUAGAGUUGCCUGUUUCUCAUGAGCAACUUCAACCAUCUAUUAAAUCAUCACCCAAGCUUGAAUUAAAACCACUAUCGUAG